AUGCCUUUAUAUCAAAGCAUUAGUCAGCCAUAUCAAAGCAUUAAUCAGCAUAAUAGUCAGUCUGAAAUAAAUCUAUUGAGAAGAUCUUUUAAAAUUAUGCAUAAAAUCAUAUUUUACCAUAUGUUUACUUUUAGUCAGCCAUCUAGUAAAUACCCAUAUUUAACAAUGCUCGAAUCAAUCGAAGAAAUGCAAAGGAAGAUUGAAUACUCUAUUGAAGAAAAAUUGGAAACUUUUCUGGGCAAAAGACUCUUAAACAUAGAAAAAAGAUUAGAAGAAAAUGAUAAAGCAAUUAAUGAAAAAUUUGCAGAAGUGAAUUUUUCUAUUUCAAAGCUAGAAAAUGAAAUCAAAAACCUUAAAUCUUCUUCCUUUAUAUUAGAGCAAUUUUUUAAAUCUAUUGCUUUAUAUAAAAAAAUUUAUAUAUUAUUAUAGCGAUUCUAUUAAAUUUUAUGCAAAAAAAUUAUAUAUUAUUAGCCAUCCUAUUAAAUUUGCAAUAUUAGCAUAAAUUCAUAAAUUAUUAGCAUUUUAUUUAAAAAAAAAUAUUAAGUAAGUAAAAACAAUUUUACUCAUUAAGAAAGGCAGGAGUAAGAUAAAGUUUAAAGACUGGAGGGGGAGGGAAGAAGUAGAGCUUAAAUUUGAAAGUCAAAUAAAUUCAUUUAGUUCGCAAAUUAAUUCAACUUUAAAAGAUCUCAACAAAAAAAUAGAUGAUAUCGCUAUAAGCCAAAGCUUUCAGGAGCAAAAUCUGCCUGACCUAUCACGAAUUAAUCAAGAGCUAGUAGCUAAAAGCUCCGAAAUUCUCAAUAGACUAAAUAAUAGCCCAGAAAUAGAGCUAGAGUUUAGGAAAACUUGCUCAUUGUAUGAAAAUUUGUCAUUGCAUCAAUCAAUAAGCCAAGCAUACCAAGAAUAUAAAGACUCUUAUAGCCAAAUCACUUCGCUUUAUCUUACUAGCCAAUGCAACGAAAAAAAUACUUAUUUGACUGUUUAUGACACUGAAAAUGAAAGAGAAAACGUAAAAAUUUUGGAGACUCCUCAGUCGUUAAACAGUGGGACAUGCAUAGCUCAGCUUCCAAAUGGCGAAUUAUUCUGCUUUGGGAAACGUGAACCGACUUCUGGACUUGCAUUAAUAGUUAGUAAAAAUUGUAAAAUUCGGAAUCUGCCAUUUGGAGCCUAUUGUUAUGGAUCAUCAGCUACACUUUCUUAAUUAAUUAGUCAAAAUUUCAGUAUAUAUUUCAUACCGCAGAUGCUAAGCUAAAAGAUAUAUUUAUUUUAAUAAAGGCGUUUAUUGCUUUGGAGGAACAAAUUAUAAUGGAAAUUUACCCUUAUCAGCUAAUUUGAUUUAUUUCCCCUUUUAAGUUGGGUGCUCCAACCCUUUAAAUUAGAUUAAAUUAAUUUUUCAAUAGGAAUAACAAAAUAUUAUAUUUUAUUAAUCAUUUAAAGAAAAAACAAAGUUAGAAUACUAGUUAAAGAGUUUUAAAACCAGAUUGAUUAUUUUUUGAAUUAAUUCUUUAUAAAUUAUUUUAAAAUUCAAAAAUGCAGGCUAAAUUUAUUUUCAACUUUAUAAAUUUUUUUGUUGAGAAAAAUUUAAUUUAAUUUUUUUAAAAAAAUUGUUCGAAUUUAAAGAGAGGGGGAACUUAG